AAAAAGGAUAACGACUUUGACUGUGAACUGCUUAUCUAAUUAUAUAGUCUAAUUUUCAAUUACUAAGUAUUUAACAUUCAUAGGUUGGCUCAUUGCCUGCUGAUGGCUUUGUUUAUCCUAACCUGAACAUCCUAGAGACACUGGAUAAAAUGAUAUCCUUUUUCCAAUGCUGCUGGUGCUCCCUGUGCACACAGAGGGCAGGGGGAAACACAAAUAUCUCAAAGUCCCCAGGAACCAUUUAUAAACUCAAUCUAGGUGUAAAAGGAGACACAUUUUAGCUUCAUGUGUGUGACUUCAUUAUAUUAUACAUCUUCCUUACAGUAUUAUUAUAUGAAAUGAAUACUUCCUUCACAAAAAAAUACUUCUUUUAUGCUUCCACCAAAACUCAUUACUACAAUUUUCACAGGGUUAUUGCAUCUCACGAUUAUGUAAACAUCCCUGAUCAUGUGGAAAAUUAAAGAUGUUAAAUUAAAGUAUUGACACUAAUGUUAGUAAGUAAAGGUUGUUUCUAAGAUAUCAGCAUAUUGAAAGUUUUUCUUGAUGUUAACAUGUGGGUAUAUAAACUUAAACAUAUGAGAUUUAUUAUGAACUUCACAUAGUGCUUAAUAGCUGUUAUAAUGCUUUUCUGUGGUUGCUGUAUUUGUUGUGGGAUAGACCUUUUUUAGUGAAUUAGUUUAUAUUUUCAGAAAUGUGACUUUAGGCACAGACCUUGCUUGCUAGAAAAAAGCAUCCACAAUGUUAGCAAUUAUUAGUAUAACUUCACAGGGAGACAAUAGUAGAAAAAAAGAGUACCAUCUGUAUGGAAGUAUAUUUUAUUUGUAACUCAGACGUUUAUGUAUCCAAUUUGUUUAUAAUGCUUGAAUCUUUGAAGGUAACUAUAUGAUAUGGUUAUCUUGACGUUGUGGUAGGCUUGUCAUUGUCCUUGAUUUGUGGCACUCAAAUAACUACAUGAGCUGCAGUUUGUAUCUGAAAUUAUUAUAAAUGGGUUUGCAUAAUAGAAAAGAGCCUGUCAAAAUUCCAUUAUUAAAUAACGUCACGGCAGUAAUUCUGAUUAAUGUAGCUGACCCUUGACAGCUCUGAGGAUACUUCCAAGACAUUUAUGAAUAUACACUUUUGUAGCUGAAAAUGCCCUUAAUUCCCUUACCUGUAAAGUAUGGCUAAUAAUUCUUAUCUCUUGUAAUGAACAGGAGUGAGUUGCCUAAAUUAGCUAAAUGAGAACAACCAAGCAGAGCUACUAUGCACUGCACCACAAUGACAGCCACUUUUACUCAUCUGAGUGGCUUGAUUCUUCUUGCAAUCUUUAUACCUCUGUAUGCCUCAAAUUUGUAGUUUUAAAAUAUUCUGCAAAUCUCCAUAUUUGCUUAUGAUUAUUUGAAACCAAAAAUAUUAAAUUUAAGGGUGGCAAAAGUCUAAUGAAUAUUGUAGUAGCAUUUUUUAAUGUUAUCUUUUUCAAUAAAUGCAGUGUUUCCAAAAGCUUCAGCCUACACAUUAGAUCAAUUCACUAAGUAGCUGAAACAAGAAUGCCCUAACACAGUGCAAGGUUAUAUAGUUCAUAAAUUCUAAGUGUAUCUGUGAGAGUAACAGAAAGAUCGACAUCAAAAAGAAAAAUUUGCAUCGUCAUUCAGAAUUUCUUAAGCUGCUGCCAGUGCAUAUUUUUAAAGCCUGUUUUUGUUGGACUAGACCAGUUUGACAAUCUGAAAAAGAAAUUUUAAACACUCAGCUGUCAAACAAGUCAUGUUCCUAAUAACAGACAUACUAAGGAAGGACAUAACUUAGAGAAAUAAGACACAGGCCUGAGCUUUUCCAGUUAAGCCAGUGAGAGGAGUGGACAGAAUAGCUGCAAUGUGGAAAAAAAAAUAAUCUUGUAACCUUCCUCUCACUAGCUUAUUUGUGAAACUCACUGAUAUGAUGAAUUUGCUUACAUUGUUUACAUGAUAUGCAGUUUUAUAUGAGCUCACUUUAACUUACCCUUAAGCAAUAAAUUGCCAAUAAUGUACAAACUGCUUUCCUCUGAAAGGUUGUGGAACCUGUUUUCAGAAAGACAGAAGCAAUGAUAAGGGAUUGAAAAGUGCAAAGUUUCUGAUAUUUUUUUAUCAAGAUAAUCAAACCCUUGAGCGAACUUUCUUGGAAGUAACAGACAUUUAGUUGCAGGAAGGAUCUGCAAAGUUCUCUUGCCCUAUUGGAGGGGCAACAGAUCCAUCAAAUGCUCUGCAAAAAAAAAAAAAAAAAAAAAAAAAAAACUAUUCCAGUGAUCUACUAAACUUGGGAGACCUCAUAUCCCUUGUUGUUCUUUUGGGGCAUAACAAUUCACAUUAGCAUGUUAAAAGUUUUAAUAUACAUUGUAUUAAAGGAACCAUUUUAAUCAAAGUUCAACCCAGUGACUCCCAAACCUAUAUGACCAGAGAUCCCUUUUAUCCCUAAAUUAAAUGCACUGGUAAAUGUUUAUUUAAUACAAACUUGAAUUUGUCUUGAGUACGCAGCAGCCUGUGAUCUUUGGGUUAGUAGCAUCAGCAUCACCAGGGCUUGGUAGAAAUGCAGAGUCCUGGGUUGAGCCCCAUACCUGCUGAAUCAGUAUCUGCAUUUUAACAAGAUCCUUAGGCAAUUCAUCCUUAGGCAAUCCUGCCUUAGACUCCUUAGGUAAUUCAUGUUCAAGUUCGUGAUGCUCCGGUCUAGUAUUCAUUUAAAUUUACCACCUUCUCUUCCAUUUAAAUUUACCACCUUCUCUUCCAUGCAGUCAGGGAUCUGCUGAAAAAGAUCUCAUGCACAGAAUUUAAAUAAUUUGGGAACUUCUGGAAAGUUUUUGAACCUAAGUGGUGUCUGUGUUUACCUCCUCUUUGGCUUCUGAUGCUGGGAGAUGUCUUUGGAGGCCCAAGGAAACCAUUGCAAUCUGCUCCAUUUGUUAGUGAGUUAUGAGUGAUGAACCGCUAGGUUACAAAACACAGAUAGACAAAUAAGCCUGUGCCUUUUUCCAGACACAGUGUCAGCUGGAGGAGUUUAUAGAACCGGAUGUAUUUAACGGAAAUCAGAACAUGACUAACACUUCAAGAAGAGGAUUUGCAUAUGCACAAAAAGCGCAGAGAAGUACAGAAUUGCAGCUUGCUGUCAAAAAUUGCAAUUGAUAUUAUAACUUUCAAAUAUGAUUAUUGGUUUUUUCUGACAGGUGAAACAUUUAUAAGAAAUCAAAACUCUGCUCAUUAUGCAAAGUGCCUACAGAAGUAUCGCUACCAAAAGAAACAGCAUGUAUACAAUUAACUGAGAAGCAGUGGCAGAGGGGACCUUUCAAGAGUGAUGAAAGUAUUCUGUAUCCUGAUAGAGGUUAUGACCCCAAAUUACGAGAACUUUUGGACGUGGGGAACAUUGGACGCCUGGAACAUCGCAUGAUAACAGUGGUGUAUGGACCUGACUUAGUUAACAUCUCCCAUUUGAAUCUCGUGGCUUUCCAAGAAGAAGUGGCCAAGGAAUGGACAAAUGAGGUUUUCAGCCUGGCAACAAACCUGCUGGCCCAAAAUAUGUCCAGGGAUGCAUUUCUAGAAAAGGCCUAUACUAAACUUAAACUGCAAGUUACUCCAGAAGGACGAAUUCCUCUCAAAAACAUAUACCGCUUGUUUUCAGCCGACCGGAAGCGAGUUGAAACUGCUUUAGAGGCUUGUAGUCUUCCAUCUUCAAGGAAUGAUUCAAUACCUCAAGAAGAUUUCACUCCAGAAGUGUACAGAGUUUUCCUGAACAACCUUUGCCCUCGACCUGAAAUCGAUAACAUCUUUUCCGAAUUUGGUGCCAAAAGCAAACCAUACCUUACUGUUGAUCAGAUGAUGGAUUUUAUCAACCUUAAGCAGCGAGAUCCACGGCUCAAUGAAAUACUUUACCCACCUUUAAAGCAAGAGCAAGUGCAGGUAUUGAUUGAGAAGUAUGAGCCCAACGACAGCCUCGCCAAAAAAGGACAGAUAUCAGUGGAUGGAUUUAUGCGCUAUCUGAGUGGAGAAGAAAACGGAGUCGUUUCACCUGAGAAACUGGAUUUGAAUGAAGAUAUGUCUCAGCCCCUUUCUCACUAUUUCAUUAAUUCCUCACACAACACCUACCUCACAGCUGGCCAGCUGGCUGGAAACUCGUCUGUUGAGAUGUAUCGCCAAGUGCUCCUGUCUGGUUGUCGCUGUGUGGAGUUGGACUGCUGGAAGGGCCGGACUGCAGAAGAGGAGCCUGUCAUCACCCAUGGGUUCACCAUGACAACUGAAAUAUCCUUCAAGGAAGUGAUAGAAGCAAUCGCUGAGUGUGCGUUUAAGACUUCACCUUUCCCAAUUCUCCUUUCAUUUGAAAACCAUGUGGAUUCCCCAAAGCAGCAAGCCAAGAUGGCCGAGUACUGCCGACUGAUCUUUGGGGAUGCCCUGCUCAUGGAACCACUGGAAAAAUACCCACUAGAAUCUGGAGUUCCUCUUCCAAGCCCUAUGGAUUUAAUGUACAAAAUUUUGGUGAAAAAUAAGAAGAAGUCGCACAAGUCGUCAGAAGGAAGUGGCAAAAAGAAGCUCUCAGAACAAGCCUCCAACACAUACAGUGACUCCUCCAGUGUGUUUGAGCCGUCUUCACCAGGAGCUGGGGAAGCUGAUACAGAGAGUGAUGAUGAUGACGAUGAUGAUGACUGUAAAAAAUCUUCCAUGGACGAGGGCACUGCUGGGAGUGAGGCCAUGGCCACAGAAGAGAUGUCCAACCUGGUGAACUAUAUUCAGCCAGUCAAGUUUGAGUCAUUUGAAAUUUCAAAAAAAAGAAAUAGAAGUUUUGAAAUGUCAUCCUUUGUGGAAACUAAAGGACUUGAGCAACUAACGAAGACACCAGUGGAAUUUGUAGAAUAUAACAAAAUGCAGCUUAGUAGGAUAUAUCCAAAAGGAACACGAGUGGAUUCAUCCAACUACAUGCCUCAGCUCUUCUGGAAUGCAGGUUGCCAAAUGGUUGCACUUAAUUUCCAAACAGUAGACCUGGCUAUGCAAAUAAAUAUGGGAAUGUAUGAAUACAAUGGGAAGAGUGGCUACAGAUUAAAGCCAGAGUUCAUGAGGAGACCUGACAAGCAUUUUGAUCCAUUUACCGAAGGCAUCGUAGAUGGGAUUGUAGCCAACACUUUAUCUGUUAAGAUUAUUUCAGGUCAGUUUCUUUCUGAUAAGAAAGUUGGGACUUACGUGGAAGUGGAUAUGUUUGGUUUGCCAGUGGACACAAGGAGAAAGGCAUUUAAGACCAAGACAUCACAGGGAAAUGCUGUAAAUCCUGUCUGGGAAGAAGAACCCAUUGUAUUCAAAAAGGUGGUUCUUCCUUCUCUGGCUUGUUUGAGGAUAGCAGUUUAUGAAGAAGGAGGGAAAUUUAUUGGUCAUCGGAUCCUGCCAGUACAAGCAAUUCGGCCAGGCUAUCACUACGUCUCUCUGAGGAAUGAAAGGAACCAGCCGCUCAUGCUACCAGCUGUCUUUGUCUACAUAGAGGUGAAAGACUAUGUUCCAGACACCUAUGCAGAUGUGAUUGAAGCUUUGUCAAAUCCAAUCCGAUAUGUCAAUCUGAUGGAGCAAAGAGCUAAGCAACUGGCUGCUUUGACACUGGAAGAUGAAGAAGAAGUAAAGAAAGAGGCUGAACCUGGAGAAACACCAUCAGAAGCUCCAAGCGAAGCCAGGACAGCCCCAGCUGAAAAUGGAGUGAAUCACACCACAUCCUUGACCCCCAAACCACCCUCUCAGGCACUCCACAGCCAGCCCACUCCAGGUUCUGUAAAGGCACCUGCCAAAACAGAAGAUCUUAUUCAGAGUGUUUUAACAGAAGUGGAAGCACAAACUAUUGAAGAGCUAAAGCAACAGAAAUCGUUUGUGAAACUUCAAAAGAAGCACUACAAAGAAAUGAAAGACCUGGUUAAGAGACACCACAAGAAAACCACAGACCUUAUCAAAGAACACACUACAAAAUAUAAUGAGAUUCAGAACGACUACUUGAGAAGGAGGGCAGCUUUGGAAAAGACAGCCAAGAAGGAUAGUAAGAAAAAAUCGGAGCCCAGCAGCCCUGACCACGGCUCAUCAACAAUUGAGCAAGAUCUUGCUGCCCUGGAUGCUGAAAUGACCCAAAAGUUAAUAGAUUUGAAGGACAAACAACAGCAGCAGCUGCUUAAUCUUCGACAAGAACAGUAUUACAGUGAAAAAUACCAGAAGCGAGAACAUAUUAAACUGCUGAUUCAAAAAUUGACAGAUGUGGCUGAAGAGUGUCAGAACAAUCAGUUAAAGAAGCUCAAAGAAAUCUGUGAGAAAGAGAAGAAGGAAUUGAAGAAGAAAAUGGAUAAAAAGAGGCAGGAGAAGAUAACAGAAGCUAAAUCCAAAGACAAAACUCAGAUGGAAGAGGAAAAGACAGAGAUGAUCCGGUCCUAUAUCCAGGAGGUUGUGCAGUACAUCAAGAGGUUAGAAGAGGCACAAAGUAAAAGGCAAGAAAAACUCAUUGAGAAGCACAAGGAGAUCCGUCAGCAGAUCCUUGAUGAAAAGCCCAAGCUGCAGACAGAGUUGGAGCAAGAGUAUCAAGACAAGUUCAAAAGGCUGCCCCUGGAGAUUUUGGAGUUUGUGCAAGAAGCCAUGAAAGGGAAGAUCAGUGAAGACAGCAACCACAGUUCUGCCCCUUCCUCCCUGGCCCCAGACCCUGGGAAACUGAAUCACAAACCCCCGAGUGAGGAGCUAGAAGGAGACAACCCAGGAAAAGAGUUUGAUACUCCUCUGUGAUGAUUCCAGCCAGGCCUUCAGGACCUGCGUGGCGACUCUAGCUCCAUUGGGCUCUCUUACUACAAAGAUCACCACCCAGGAGCAUCUUCCUGAGAGGCAUCCCUUAACCUAUAAUCUAUAACAAAGGGAAAAUUCCAGAAGGAUCCAUGCAGAGGUCCCCAUGCCCAGGCUCCAGGUGUUAUGUGGAAACUGCUGCAGGUCUACUAGUAGAGAAUGCAUGUUCGUGGAAUUUUUAUUUUCUUUCCAGUGUAAAUUCAAAGCUGGAAACUUCCAGUCUCCAUGGAACAUUUAAUGAAGGACAAUGUCUUUUUUGAAGAAGAUCAAGCUCAUGUUUGUAUCUGAAGCUCUAGUGUAAAGUAUUUCAGUGUAAUAGAAAUAGAUUGAGAAUUGCAUAGCACUAUUUAACACCAUUGAACAAACAACUUUGAGCAUUUUUUUCCUUAACUGCCCCUCAACUAACAUAUCUUCAUACUAACAUGUAUAUUAAAUUGUUUCAUCCUUUGCUUUGCAAGCACUGGUGGCUUGCAGUUUGCUAAUUUAUUUAUCAUAGAGGCAUCAGUGUAUUUGUUGCUGACAUAGUUUUAUUAGAUAUCAUAGUGAUUCAAAUAAGCUGCUUUUAUUUUUUGAAAAAAAAAAAAUAACUUGAUUGUAUUCUUGCCCAGUGAAGCUACCCCAAGACUUGGCAAUAUAUUGGCUUGUACAUUUUGGCUGCAUGAGCGAGUUGGCCACACGCUUUCAGGCAGUGUACUGAGUUGACUAUUUCCACUCAAAGUCUGGGUAUCCGUUGGUUUUUGGUGUGAAAUGAUUUCAAUAGCUGCAAAGAGUCAGUUUGCAUAAAUACAGUUGAGCUGAUGUAGGUAAAUAGAGAUUAAAUCAGUAUGAAAUAGGUUCCAAUGGUUACUUUGCUGACAUUUUUUAUGGUUCAUUUAUUUUUACUAUAAAGAAUGAAUAUUUAGCUAAAGAAUAUACAGACCCACGUAUAAAUGAUAUAUAUUAUUUCCAUGUAUAUAUGUACACACUUGACCAUGUAAGUGCACACACAUAUGCACACAUACGCAUAUACAUUCAUAUGAGUGUCGAUGUGUGUUUCCUAAUUGGCAGUGACACAGAUCUCCCCCACAAGACUUAAAGCCAAAUUUGGUCAUAAAUGGACAGAGAUGAUAACAGUAGUUAAAUAAGAAGAUUACAUGGGUAUUACAGUAUAUUGAAAUAGUAAAAAACAAAUGAUGGAGCUGUUGAUGCAAAUUGAGGUAGAUUUAGAAAUUAGAAUAUGAAUUUCAUACAUAUUUUGCUGAAUCAAAAACUGGAUUUUAAGCAUAGUCUUUUAAUCUUCAUUUAAUGGUGAAAAUAGACAAAAUGGUGUAGGACAGCAAUAUGGAAAUAUAUUAGUAUCUUCCAUGAUUUUUUGUUAUUUUAGCAAAAAACAUUUCAUUAUAUAUUAACUAUGUACAUUUAAUUCACUAAUUGUGUCUUUCUGUUAAAUUCCUGUUAAAUUACAUAAGAGAAACAGAUUGUAUUAUGGUAUAGCUGAUCAAAAUUAUUAUUGAAAGGUCUUAAAUAAGAGAGAAUAAUUAUAUAGAAGAAAUAUAAUAUAGAGAGUAACACAAAGACCAUUGAGGUUAAAGCCCUGAAGCAAGAUGCUCACAGCUUUAUUUUACUUCAAAAUAAACAGUUUUAUUUUACUUUAAAAUAAACCUGUCUGAUUAUAGCUUUGAAAAACAUUUUAAAACACAAAAGCUAUUUGUGUCCUGAAAAUUGUAUUUGAAGAAUUUAAUAUUUUUAUGGGAAUUAUUUUAUUUAACUUUAAGCAAUAACUAGAGAUUGCAAUUAAGUUUUCAUCAAAAUGAAGGUUUAGUUCGAACAUUAGGAGUGUUUGAUUAAAAAAACACAUCUAGUGAGACACAAGGGGGAAAAUUUGUCCCCUUUGGAGUUGAUUAUAUUUUAAUCUGAAUGAUUUGGGGUGUUAAUUAGACACUUAAUAAAACUUAACUUCACUGAGAGAGAAAUCUUUUAUAAAUCAUUCUACUUUUGCACUUUGAAUGAAAAGCAUUGAUACAAGGAAGCAGAAAUGGUCAAAAUAGAAUGCUGCAUUUUUAUAAACAAAAUUACAGACUGUCUAAAGUUGCAGAAGAACGAAAGAAUAAAUAGCAUUCAUAACCAAACACAAUGGUGAUUAUUACAGAACAUUGUACACAUUUUAGUGCAGAAAUAGGCUAAGGUUGAGUAACCUUGACUUACACAAAACUUUUAGUAGUUGGAUUUCAUGAUCUUAGUGAUUAGUCAUUUUGCAAUACGUUUGUAUUUGGCCAUUUACUGUAACCACAUUUUUAUAUCUGUACAAUGACACUUUUUGCAGUUGUGGGGUAGUGUGUAACACUGUCCAUCUUGCAUCAUUGAACUACUACAGUGAUAUAGCAUUUACUAAUAUUAAUAUUACUUGAAAUAGACUAAGAUAAAGAAAAAGGGUCUAUAUGAUGUGCAGUUUUUGUGCCUUUAUGUAUUUGCCUUGUUCUUUGUUGAAUGCGUGAAAUUCUGUACUGUGGUUUUCCUAUAAUAGAGAGUAGAGCUGUGUACUAAAUUAGACUGUAUCCUUCUGAAACCUUUACACUACUGAGAAUAGCGUGGUUUUGGCCAUGUAAACCAAUUUUCCAAGUUCUGAUGACAUGCCAUGUGUUCUGGGUUUUUAAAUUUUCAUUUUAACAUUUCAGUAUUGCCAUACAUUAAGUAAUACUCCUGUAAUAGAUAAGCAGUCAUUCCAAAAGAAAGGACCAUUGCUUGCAGUACUUUGAAUUUAAUGUCGCUCUUGUGCACUGUAUAAAUAUUGUUUGUGAUGGAUUGGACCUUGUGAUUUUUGUCUUUUCAGAAAAUGAAUAAAGAUAGGGCAAAGAAUAGGAGGCUCUUAAAAUGUACAUAUUUUGGUUCUCCUAUCCCAGAUUAUUUAAAAUGCAUAAUUCACAUUUUUGUAAUAAUUCUAUGCAAUUUUGUGGCAUGAUGUUUCCUCCACUUGUAAUUUUAUGUGCUUUCACCACAAAUCCAAAGGAAACAAUAAAAAUUUCUUA